AUGGCGCGUAGGAGGUCCGGAAAGGAGAGGGAAAUCCCGCCAUUAUUUUUCUCCGAACCAAAGGACGGUCCAGCUGUAAUCCCAGAUGACUACGUGAACACCCGAAAUGUCACUAAAUCUGGAAAGAAGACGAGAGUGACCAUCGAAAACUCCAAGUCGAAAAGCACCCAGCCGCGCAGCGACUCGUUUCGCCAAUGGAUUCAAAGUCAUGAUCUCGACCAACCGAGCCAGGAUACUCGAUCACAGCGAUACCCCGAGUCUUUGCAUUCGCUUUACCCGGCCAGCGCAUUAGAUGGGAGGGCGUCAGCUUCGAAAAGCCACUUGCGUCGAUGGGCGCGAUCGGAGCCCGAUGAACUCACGUCGAACUUACUGGGACCUGAUGUAUUAGAAAGUGCGGGACGAUUUCCGAUCGCCAGUUUACGUGAAGGCGCAAGACAACCGAUAGAGGCUGUACGGCACCGUGCUACUGGUAUCCCAUACAACGAUACAGCAUAUGAAGCAUACCCUCGCCACAGGCGCAGGCAGAGUGCUAGUGAUCAAGUCAUCGCUAAUUGGAACUUCGCGCUCGAUGAGUUUGAACGCCGAACCUACGAUUUGGCUCAGCAGCAGGCGCGACAUGAUGUUGAUCUCGAGAUUCCAACUCCAGGUCGUGUAUCCCACAGGGUUCCAGUUGAUGACGAAUGGUACGGAAACGAGGUAUUGGGGAUACCUACGAAGUCAAGACGGAAACGAACGAAAGGCAGUCGUUUCACAUUGCCUCCUGAUGAAGUACGAGCUGAAGAUCCGGCGCGUGGCAAGAAACCUCAUGAAAAGGUGAAGCGGGGCUCGGAUGUAUCCAGCAAGAGCUCAUCAUCCGAGAAGCCUGAACCGCCAGAUGAAGACGGUGGUGCAGGCUCAGGGCGUGAGUCUGGCAGCACCGAUACAUCUGAUAGUGACGGUUCAUCAUUGGGAACAACCACUAAAUCGGGAACAUCAGAACAGGUCGUCGAAAUAUCGGAGGGCUCGUCAGACUCCUCUUCGAAAAGCUCAGUUCGAUCCGCUCGGAGAGGAGUACGUUGGAAUCUACCCGGAGAAGAAACAGAUGUGAACGAAUUCGAUGAUCCGCUCGCAUCACUCGACGUGUCGCGACUCAUUGGACAGCGAUCUAUCAGUGACAACAACAUCCUGUCGACCAUUGGUGACGAGCACAUGCAUGAGAAGCAAAAACUCACGUUGAGGGGUUUGACUCAAUUCGAUAUCGGAAGGUCAUUAUGGACCGGGGACCAUCUCCGGGACUGGGAUCUUGGAGUGGAACUAACUACACUGGCAGAGUCAACACCUGAUUGUCUGCACACCAGGAUCCAAUGGUAUCACCUGGAAAGGGACCUCAUGGUUUUUGACGAGUUCAUGACAAUGGUUCAAAAGUGUCCGCAUCUCACAGAUAAGAUCAAGCAGCAGGUUACUGAUAUGCUAAGAACCGUAAAGUAUGACAAGCAGAAGCAACGCCAGUUUGGGUACGAUAUGGACGCCGCUGUCCAAAGUGAAUUUGACUACGAGGACGGUUUCGCAGACAAACAGCAGCCGACAAGUUCGGCGACCUUCCUGAAUUUGCCAUAUCUUUCUUUGGAAAAAUACGCGGGCGCUGAUCUACAGUCCCUAUCAUCUGCAUCUGCUGUGCAUCCGGCUAGAGGAAUCGUCCAAGCAUCUACUCGAACAGUCAAUGACAAACGCGAGUUGGCGCAAGUCGUUACGACAAGGGCGGACGUGCCAAACGGAACCUGUUUGCAUACAUCCAAUUUCUGGUGCUUGAUCGUGAAUGACAAUCUGAUUUUGACCUGCAGUCGUUUGAACGUCGAGGAACUCCGCAGCACCGUGGUGAACGUCAUUCAGCCACCAUACGAUGUCACAUCGCAGGACAUCAGGAUUACAUCUGGUGCUGCUUUUGGCUGGCAAUUUCCCUCAAAGGACGUGUCCUCAUGGCCCAACGUCCUGGGAUUGUUUGGUGACAGUUUGAUGGAUGUUGUCAAUGGGCAAAAAUUUCGCCACAAUGGUCAAACACUGGACGCAGAGACGUGGUCCGACCUUAUCAGCAAAGGUGUCUCGCAUCACAUUGAAGUGCUGCCUUCAUUAUCACCAGAUACCGCUCUCGGCACUUACUUGAAAGUACAUGACCUUAUUGUGGGCAAUGAUGCAAAACGUGUACUGCCUACGAAUAGAGCUAGUCGUGAAGACCAUCCACUUGACUCGACGAAGCAAACAUCACCUCACGCGCCAACGAAAAACUUGCCUCACACGCCAAAGCUAGAUCCACGCCCUUCUCCUGCUCAAGCUCAUACUCACCUCUCCGUCUUCCAGCACAGUCGCACAUCGAAGGCGAGCUCCGUAGCCGAUUGGGCUGAGAUACUACAUUCCGCCAUGAUGUCCCAGAACACAGCCUACUCGGAAUGUCCGACCGCACGGAUUGGUGAUAUACGUGAAUGGAUUGAAGCUGCCGACCCAGCUGGCUCAACGAAAAGUGCUGGAAUGGUGAAGGGCGCUGACAAUGACCGAGUAAGAAAGAGAAAGGCAGCUGUGACUGUGAUUUAUGUGGCAGGAUUCUUUUGGCCAUAUGAUCUUGAGCACGAGGUUCUUGGCAAGCUAUUUGGUGCUCUUGUGAGGAUUCUUAACAACAAAUUAGGCAGCGGUAGUGCAUUUUUGGUAGAGCUUGAGGAAGACGUCCUUCCUCUCCUGUUUACCAUGACAACAAUCUUUGCUGGGAAUGAGCAUCACCUCCAACAGCUGCCUGAUCAUUUUGUCAGAGCCUGGUUACGUUUUGUGACUGCUAUUCUCUUAGCAGCUGAGGCGCCCGAGCCAGUCCGGACAGGUAAAGCGCAACGGCUGCCAGAAUUGAAGCUGGCUAUUAGACAAUUGAAGCUUAUGAGGCUGGAUUUGCUAAAUGGUGAGCAAGCACUAACCCUCGUCACGCGGAGACAUGACCUGAGCAAAUUCGAGAUCUGCUCAACACGAGGCAUUGCGACUCUACUGGUUGAUAGGCUUUGCAAAGGCGUCAUGCGUGGCGUCCCUGAUGUCGGCCAGAUCUAUGAGGAUUACUAUCAUCAAAUGCUUGAUGCCGUGACAGGAGAUCCCUUUCAGCGCUCACAUCGCGAUGUCCUGAGGGACUACCAGCAAGAAUUGGAAGCCGUGCUACGCAUUCUGAAUGGUCAAUGUGAGGUCCUCGAUCUCCUGGAUCGGAGCAACGAUCAAGCCGAAGUAAGCAACAGCACAGCGCCCGACUUGCCACCAUUCCGUGAGUUUCCAUCGCUGAAACGAAAAAUGCGCCGUUGUCUGGGUGAAGUCACGUUUCGUAUCGACACCUUCGAAGCAUUGCACGGCCGCAGCGACGAUCUAGGUACCUGGUUGUUGAGUCGCAUCGAAAUGAACAGAGACAAGCAGGAGUCUGCCGUCAUUGUUUUCACCAUGGUCACCAUAAUAUUCCUCCCGCUUUCCUUCGUCGCUUCCGUUCUAGGGAUGAACACAUCUGAUGUGCGGAAUAUGGAUGGCACUCAAUGGGUGUUCUGGGUCGUCGCCAUUCCGCUGACCAUUGUCAUAAUGUUCGCCAGUCUGUGGUUUGCAGGCCUCCUGGACGGGUUGCGGCGUUGGCUGGCCUCCUUACUUCGUGUUCACCCCGCCAGGACCACGAAAUCGAGGACGAGUGACUUCGCCGAAACAAUGUCAGAGAAGAUAUCGCGAGGAGCGACGUCAGAUCCCGAGAGGCACCGGUAUGGCUCCUCCUCCGGGCUGGAGAGGCGUGCAACGACAUACCCCUCAUCACUACAGCGGCGAACGUCGACCGGCCUCACGCGUGGAUGA